AUAUAUAACAAUAACCAAAACUUAGCAACUAGCUUUCAUUGUCUACCAAUGGCAUUUAGUUCAAACAACAAAACCAUGAACUGGGUUUGUCUGCAUUUGCUUCUUCUACUGAUAUUCUCAGCAAAUGCAGUUCACUGUGGCACAUUGGUCAAGUCUCUUCCGGGAUUCGAUGGUGAACUUCCUUUCAACCUCUACACUGGGUAUACGACUGUUAAAGGAUCAGAGAUGUUUUACUACUUCGUUGAGUCGGAAGGAGACCCCAAAGUGGACCCUUUGUUGCUUUGGUACAGUGGUGGCCCUGGUUGUUCUGCUUUCAAUGGCCUCAUUUACGAAAAUGGUCCUUUGGAUUUCAAUCUUACAGAUUAUGAAGGAGGUAUACCGAAAACUUAUCACUACCCAUAUUCAUGGACAAGGACUGCAAGCAUAUUGUUUGUGGAUGCACCUGUUGGCACUGGUUUCUCCUAUGCCACUGAUGCAUCAGAAUAUGCUACCUCCGAUACAAAAACAGCAGAGCAGGUUUACGGCUUUUUGACAGCGUGGUUGAAUGAGCACCCGCAAUAUUCCAAGCUUCAAUUAUUUCUUGGAGCUGAUUCAUAUGCAGGAGUAUCGGGAACCAUUGUUGUUAAACAUAUAAUAGAUGGUAAUGAUGCUGGAGCAUCACCACGCCUCAAUCUCAAGGGCUAUCUUUUAGGGUGUCCACGUACAGAUGCAACCAUCAAUGAGAAUUCAAAGUAUAUUUAUGCUCACCGGAUGGGACUUAUAUCAGAUGACCUUUAUCAUUCUGCUUUAGAAAGCUGUAAUGCAAGUUUCUAUGGAGUAACCACAGAUCAACCAGAAUGUUAUGAGGACCUUCAAUUGAUUGCAAGGCAAAUUAAAGACAUAAACAAAAACAAUAUUCUGGAGCCAAAGUGCACAUGGGCUUCUCCAAUAAACGAUGAAGAACCAGCUCGUAGAUCUAUGCAGGAAAAUGAAUACCCUGAAGACUACCUCCGGUCACCUCUACAAAAUCCUGAGUUCUGUCAUACCUUCAGCUACUCUCUAUCUUAUGUUUGGGCGAACAGUGAUGAAGUUCGAGCGGCGCUUAAUAUCAGAAAUGGAACAGUAUUUGAUUGGAAGAGAUGCAAUAAGAGCUUGGAUUACACAUAUGAUGUGGCAAGUGUCCUCGAAUAUCAUCAAAAUCUCAGUACCAAGGGAUUACAAGUUCUGAUAUUCAAUGGUGAUCAUGACCUUAUAAUUCCGAACACCGGCACAGAAGCGUGGAUAAAAAAGUUGGGUUUGACUAUUGUUAAUGAUUGGAGACCAUGGCUAGUUGAUGGUCAAAUUGCUGGGUACACCAUCAAGUAUUCAGAAAAUGGAUACCGCUUGACAUAUGCAACCCUAAAGGGAGCAGGUCACUCACCUCAAGAAUACAAGCGUAGGGAAGGGUAUAAAAUGUUUGAUAGAUUCAUCCAUUACUAUCCUAUCUAAGAGAAAGGUGCAGACAUCAUCAAGAUGAUCAAGGAUAUGGUUUCUUCCUUUCAAGCCGGAUAAAUUUAAUGUACGAGUAUGUAGUAGUGAUGGUAACAGUGAUAACAUCACCGGCUAUGAUUACAUUUCAAGUACAAUUGAUAUAGUUGAGAUGCAAUAAAAAUACGGUCUGGGUCUGAGAAUGGGGAUACAUCAUUUUUCUCUCAUCUAUCAUAUGAGUAAUUUUGGUAAAAUAUUGAUUAUGUUACUAAUUUUUCAAUAAAGUCGGAAGGGUUGUAUGUUUGAUGUGUAGAUUUUGG